AUGGCCGACAUCGCUCCUGAGAGCCCUGCGCCGCAGCUUCAAACCCCGCAAAAGCAAUACCAGAAUGGCGUCCGGACAACAGGCCGCGCAUUCAACUCACCUAACUGGCGCGUGAAGGGCGAGGAGCCGUCGCCGAGUACAAGCCGCGACAGCAACCAGGAAAACACUCAGACUCAAGGUACGCCGCGGGGGUCGUCAUAUGGUGGCAAUCGCGUUCCGCAGGCUAUUUCCGAGGGACGGAGGCUGUAUGUUGGGAACAUGCCGUAUACGGCAAAGAUGGAGGAUGUGCAGACGCUUUUCAAUAAUGGAGGGUUUGAGACUGCCCGCAUCGACAUCUCAAUCGACCCGUUCUCCGGCCGAAACCCCUCAUACUGCUUCGUGGACCUCCAAACCAAGGAAUUAGCCGAGCGCGCCAUGAGGGAGCUCGACGGCUCCGACCUCCUCGGCCGCCCUGUGAAGAUCAAGCCCGGUGUCGUAAAGAGCGCCAGUGAGCGUGCUCAACAGAGGACCGGAACAUCAAAUGGUACCGCGGCUACUGGAAGUGACGGUCUGAACUCGGGCUCGCCUCGCGGAAACCGCACGUCGCCGUUCAAUGCGGACCGGUGGAGACGGGACGAUGCUUCUGCGUCUGCUCCCAGCACACCCUCGAAGUUCAACUCUAGCGCGAAUGGGAGCGGAAACGGAAGCGCCAACUCGGACUCGAGCAAGCGGUUAUACGUCGGUGGACUCCCACGUCUGACGGAUCAGGAAGCGAUCACUAGUAACAUUACCGCGUUCUUCAAGGACUACACUAUCACAAACAUCACGAAACUCUUCACGCCACACCCCGCCAAGCGCUUUGAACCGGGUGACCACUACUACCUCUUCGUCGACUUCGCGACCGUCGAAGACGCACAGAACGCUAUGGCCGCGCUCAAUGGCGUCGAGGGCCCCUGGGGCUCCGGGAUCCGGGUGCAGAGGGCUCGAGGCGAGACGUAUAACUCCGCUUCCGGAUCGAAGGAGAGAGACGGUGGUGAGGAAGGUGGGGAGAGGGAGCGCAGGGGGCGCUGGACUUCGUCAGUGCUUAGCCGGGGUGGUGCGGGGACUGGGGAGGUUGCUGGUGAUGCCUGA